GCGCCCCAUCCUGGUUCAGAUCCCCUCGCCCCAAAAUAAGCCUGCCGCAACCCCCCACAAACAUGUCAACGCGCUGGUAGCCAUGUCUUUUGUGGUUGAUCAGGUGCGCCGGAUAGACAGCCAGCUCGAUCGGCUGCAGCUGUCGUCGAGCACUAGGACCUUCUCCAUUACCGCCGAGGAGGCCCACGACCCGGCAAAGACAAGCCGCAUUGCUCAUUUGCAGAACCUCAUCAAGUCGCUCUCCACAACCGCUUCUUCCAAGCACAGUCUGGUCCCAGCGGCCAGAAUAUCCGAAACCUUGCACCGAGCAAAUAUCUCUACCACAAUCGAGGAUGCGAGCUAUGAGCAUGAAUUGGAAUGGCUCCUCGUUAGCAAGGCGACAACGCAGGCCUACGGACAGGUUCUGAACACCAUAUUAGAGCAGACGAUUCCUCUCGAGAAUGAUCUCUGGUACUGGGACGACAUUCUCUCUACCUACAGCUUUGCCGGACUGUACUCUAUACAGACAUCGCCAGUUCGGCUGUGGAAAUGGUCACGGGAGAUAUACCACGAUGUGCGCUCAAGAGGCCCUCAAUUGGCUGAUGGAUGGAGCCAGUUUUAUGGACUGGUCAAGGACACUGUGCAGGAGCGCAGCAUUGCAAAUAUCCAGCGAAGAGUAGUAAGCCCGCUAGCACUUGUGAGAAACGAGGGCAGGAAAAAGCGUGCAGCUCUAAGGAAGAUACGAAUGGUCAAUGCCAACGCACUCGGUGUGCUACUCGGCGAAGGUCUGGGUAACGAGAACGUACAUGACGAUGGCACAUAUACGCCCACUCUGCUCGGCACUCAAGGCGGGCAAAGGUGGAAGAGUGUCAUGUCUAAGAACAUUGCCCUCAUGGAUGCUGUCAUUCAGAGCGUGAAUGCUGCAGAGCUUUCCGUUGAUAAGUUCGACGACUCGGUUGCCAGCAUCACUCAAGACGACCAGUUCUAUUUGCUACAUGAGCCUUCCGGCGAACGGGCUGCAACUACCCUGAGGCCAGCAGAAGUUGCUGAGCGUCUCCAGCACCUGCUCAAAACUGCCUUACCUACCUAUACUGCCAACUUCAAUGCAGUCGUCAAGGCCAAUGGUCGACCUUCUCGUCUGAUACGCUAUUGGCUCCCUGCAACCCUACUACUAGUAUCUUCAACCACGAUCCUGCGCAUCGUUGUAAAUCGAAAGGAAGAGCUACUGACUUGGGUCCGUGAGCUGGGGCAGACAGUCAUCGAUUUUUGGUCGAAUUGGGUAAUCGAGCCAACCAAGAGAAUCAUCGGCACCAUUCGCCAUAACGAAGAAAGCGAGGUCUCCAUCAUGAGCAAACACAGCCUGGAAUCGGAUCGUGCCAGUCUCGAGCGCAUGGUCGUAGAUUUUGCUGUCAAUAAUUCUGAAGGCCCGGCACUAAACGAGUCUCAGAUAGCUGAUAUCAAGGCAAAGGUGCGCGAGGGCGAUCUGACAACGGUUCUCAAGUCCUACGAGAAAGACAUCCAAAAUCCUGUCAGGGGUGCCAUAGUCGGCAAUCUGGCCAGCGCUUUACUCAUUCAGGUUCAAAAGACCAAGGUUGAUGUCGAGGUCGCGAUGAGUGGCAUUGACAGCAUUCUCAAGAGUCAGGAGCUACUUUUUGGCUUCAUUGGUUUAACACCGGGUGUGCUGGUAAGCAUUGGCGUCUAUCGCUGGCUCCGGGGCGUCUUCAGCAGUCGCAAAGGAGUGCAGCAGUGGGCAAGGCAGGGCCGCAUGAUACUCAUUCUGCGUAACAUUGACCGCAUUCUUAUUGGAGCGGUUCCGACAGCAGACGGCGAAAUAUCGUACAAGGACCACGGUUUACUCCUCUGCGAAGUCCAUCUCCUCCGACAAGCUGCAAGUGGCACCCUGCCUCGACGCAUAUUUCAGGACCUGUUGGUGGAGAUAGACGAGAUUGUGGACGUUAGAAGCGGGCUGCAGCGACAGCAGAAGGUAGUUGAACGCAUAAGGUGGGCGUACUCAAAGUGGGUUGUUUGAACGAGGCGGUCUUCCGUAACGGGGAUGACGCAGCAUUGGUAUACCCAUGAAUAGCGGAGUUGUCGACUACAAUGCAAAACAUGUACUGUAUACCCCAA